GGUGGCACCCGUGGUGGUGGAGGAGGGGAGAGAGAGAGACUCUGCAGGUCCAAUGUCUCGUUGGCGUUCAAUGUCACUUCUCUUCCCGUACAAGCACCACAGGCACCGUCGCGCGUGUCUACCAUGAGAGUCUACAGAAUAUUAUAUCGCCAAACCCGAGCGCUGAUGGAAGAGAGACUAGAUUAUUACUCGCAAUUUAACCCGUCUCCGUUAUCCAUGCAGCAAUUUGCGGAUUUUGGUGAAAACGCCAGCAACAGAGAUUCAUUUUUGUUCCUACGCAAGGAGCUGCCAGUUCGACUAGCAAACAUCAUGAAGGAAUUCCACCUGCUGCCGGAAAAACUCCUUCAUAUGCCGUCAGUGUGUGCUGUGAGGGACCUCUACCGUAUGAGUUUUAUGGACCUUCUCGAGUUUGAAAAAGGCAGUUCCUCCAAUUCCAACAUUCUUGAAAAGUUCACCGACACAUUAAUCAAAAUACGCAAUCGCCACAUGGACGUGGUGACGACGAUGGCGCAGGGCGUGAUGGAGCUAAAGGAUGCUCACUCCAUCAACGCCAACACCGAGAGCAAUAUUCAGUACUUUCUUGACAGAUUCUACAUGAACCGUAUUUCCGUCAGAAUGCUUAUCAACCAGCACACAAUACUUUUUGGCGAAGGUGUCAAUGCACAGAACCACAUUGGUUGUAUAGACCCCCACUGUGACGUUGUCCGUGUAAUAGAAGAUGCCUACUCUCAUACCCGCUUUCUUUGUGACCAAUAUUACCUUGCCUCUCCAGAACUAGUCCUCAAGUAUCAUCAAGAACAGGACAAGGCAACAAGAACGAUAAAAGAAGCUGGUGCGCCAGUGGAUAAAACCCCUGCAUCAGUUGUAUAUGUGCCCUCUCAUCUGUAUCACAUGCUGUGUGAACUCUUCAAGAACAGCAUGCGUGCUGUUGUUGAGCAUCAUGGUCCUGGUGCUGACGUGUUUCCUCCUUUAGAUGUGCUUCUAGUCAUGGGGCAUGAAGAUAUUACUAUUAAGUUGAGUGACCAAGGUGGUGGUGUCCCCCGAAGCCAGAUAGACCAACUCUUCAAUUACAUGUACUCCACAGCCCCACAACCAGCCGUUUCAGGACUGGAUACUCCACCCUUGGCUGGUUAUGGUUACGGCCUUCCUCUCUCAAGACUGUAUGCUCGCUAUUUCCAUGGAGAUCUGAUGCUAGUAUCAUGCGAAGGUUAUGGAACAGAUGCCAUAAUUUUCUUAAAGGCACUUUCAAGUGAAGCCAAUGAACUUCUUCCAGUGUACAACAAGACUUGUCAGAGACAGUAUUCAACACCUGUUCAAACACAUGAUUGGUCCUCGCAGUCACAUUCAGCUAUGUUCAUUCGGCCAUUUUCCACCAACUCCCGGGACAAACUUCAUCAAAGAAAGAUUAGUUCUGUGCCAGAUAAUGAACCCACUGUUUCGUAGUAGAAAUAUACCUCUUAUCCGGAUGGGAAAUAACAUUCAGUAUAGUAUACAGUAAUUUGUAUGAAAUUUCUAUUUUACAAAUGUGUAGUAUAUAGUCUGAAGAAUGUUGGAAAGAGAAAAUUACAUUUUCCACGCUUGUGUUGAGAAAAUACAAUAUAGUUUACUUAGGUACAGUAUAUUGAUAUACAUAAUGCAUAUACAUAUAAUGUAUAUACAUUAUAAUUGCCUCAAACUCAUUUGCUUUUAGACAUAAUUUUUCCUUGACCAAAGAGAUUGUUUUUCCUAAAAGUUCUGUAGAUGCAGAAACACUGGUUAAUUGUUUUAGGCAUAUCAUAUGAUUUGAUAAAAAUAGUGAAGAUUACAUGUAUUGCAUAAUAUAACAUUAAUGCUCAUAUUUUAUUUGCUGUCUUCUUAAGAAAGUAAUUAAUGCAUCAUUAACCCUUAAAUGGCUCCAAUUACUGUGAUUACCUCUUGUGCUUGAGUUGUCAAAUGAGAUUUUAUGGGCCAAUUAAAUUUUAAAUGUCCCUAGUAAUGCCAUAAAUUCCAAAACUUUUGAAUUUUAAAAUCAAGCUAGAAAAAUUCAUCAGGACAAAUGGGGGAGGACAUUUGUCAAGUUGCCGGCUUCCUGUCCUUGUCAAGGCCACUAGUUAGUGGCCUUAGGAUAAAUUCAGGUAAAUAAUGAGUCCUUCCUUGGGUUGCAGUGGUAUCCCAAAGUGGCUUACCCUGUGGUGCUGUGGUAAGACACUCGCCUCACAUUUCGCGAGUGCUUUGGCCUGGGUUCGUAUCCUGGCCGGGGAGGAGUUACUGGGCGCCAAUCCUUAACUGUAGCCUCUGUUUACCCAACAGUAAAAUGAGUA